AUGUCAGAAAAUGUGCACGGGAAUAACUAUGCACCUAGUGAGGCUAGUUUGGAAGGACAGGACACAGGAUGGACAAGUGCACAUGAAGUGCGAUCAGCCGAUGCAAUGUCCAAAAGUCCAAUGCAGAGUGGCUCAGACAUGUGCGCGUAUGUUUCAGGUGUUGACGUGAAUAUGAAAACCCAUGGUUCCGAGCCCAGUGCCGUGACCAUCAUUACAACGCCCAAGAACCCAGGCCCAUUGGAUCCUGUCAAAAUGGUCAUCAUUGAGGAAUCUACCGAUAGCGAGGCAGAGUUGCUGAUUUCAGGCAAUCACAAAAGGAAAAGAACCUUACCGACUGCUUGCAAGAGCAAGAAGAGUUUCUCAGCCAAUACCAUCAAGAUCGCAGAUGAUCUUGCAGGCCUCAAGAUCACUUCUGGAUAA